AGCACUCUUACUGCAUAAAUAGAUAAUAUUUAAUCGGAGUCAAGAGUUUUUUUUUUUUUUGUAAAAGCUAAAAUCAAUUUAUUCUGUCCGGGCUUAUUUUGUUGUAAUUUUAUUUUUUAAUCAAGAUCAUAAUAUAUUCGACGUCUUAUCAAUUUAUUCGGUUCGAUUGUCAUAACGUUUGGUUCUUUUUCUUCUUUUUUUUUUUCUAUUUUUAGUUCCAAAAUCAAUAGAAAUUAAGGCGAAUUAAUCUUUUUAAAUUCCGAAUGUCUCUCGACGUUUCACUGGGGAGUGUUACUGGAGUCUCUAGAGCGUCCACUGGAGUCCACGCUCCCCUCAUUCCCAGCCGUCCGAUCAUCAACUCUCCUGAUCCCGAGCCGCGAACUCUUGAGAAGCUACGAUCGCCGUCCACGUCACCCAUACCCUCCCAAGCGUACGACACGCUCACCGCCAAGUGUCGAGCGUUAAACCCCACCCCACUUCCCCCGCCUACAUAUUUCCNCCCUUCCCCUGUUUCAUUGUCCCACUCUGUUCCUCAAUCGCGGCUCUAUAUUGCCUCCUUAAUCAAAGAAGAAAAUAAUACUAAUAAUAAUAAAUAAGAAACAAGGAGAGUGCGAGGAGAAUGGCGCCGAGGAAGCCGAGGAAGAUGGUGGGAGCUGUGGUGAAGACGACGGCGAAGGUGGUGGAGGAGACUGUGAAGGUCGCUCCUGUGGUCGGUGUCGGAGACGGAGACGGAGAUGGAGACGGUGCCGAAGAAGUAGAAGAAGCAGCAGUACCUCUCAAGGACUCCAAGGUUGUGCAAGUUGUCGUAGUCGGCGGUGAGAAGGGUGAUGGCGAAGUGCCGGAGGCGAAUGACGGUAGAGAUGAGCCUGAGAAGAGAAAGGAAGCAAUGGAGGUGGACGAGAACCAAGCACCGAAAGAGACCGGAGAAGAGUCGAAAAGGAGAGGACGAGGACGGCCUCUGAAAGAGCGAGGGCCGGAAACGCCGACGGAGAAGUCGGAGAUACCGCCCGCCAAUAAGAAGAAGGAAAAGGAUCGAGGAGGGAGGAGCGAAGGAGAAGCGGAAGAAGGAAAAGGGAGGAGGAGGAGGAGGAGGAAGAGGAGGUUCGGGAGUGCGGGGGACGCGGGGAGCGGAGGCGUGGGCGGGUACAAGAGGUACGUGUUCCGGGUGCUGAAGCAGGUGCACCCGGAGCUGGGGGCGUCGGCGCGGGCGAUGCAGGUGCUGGACAUGAUGAUGGCCGACAUGUUCCAGCGCCUGGCGGAGGAGGCUGCACGAUUGUCCAAAUACACUGGGCGGGCGACGCUCACCUCUCGCGAGAUCCAGAACGCCGUGCGCCUCGUCCUCCCCGGCGAGCUCGGCCGCCACGCCGUCUCCGAGGGCACCAAGGCCGUCACCAACUACAUGGCCAGCCAGAGCAGCUGAGCCCCCCCCCCUCCUCCCUGGUUCAACUGAGCUUAGCCUUUUUGUUCUUGUUUUUGUUUUCAACUUAUUAGGGAGUGGAAGAGGAUCUGGCGAUUUUGCUUCGGUUUGUACAGUAGUAGCGACCGAUCGACUGGAUCCUGUUGCUGUGUUUUUCUGUGAGUUGUUGUAGCACACUGGGUUGGUAAAUAUACGUAGGAGACUCUUAGAUUGUUGUUUUCUCUUGUUGUGUGUAGUUGCUCCUCUCUUUUGGAUGACAAUGUAAUGUAGCACACAAGCAUUGGCUCGUGUAAGAAACAAGUGGAUUAAUUGCUGGAUGUUGGUGGAGAAUUUGAGUGCUUUUCUUCUCUCUACCAUUAGUUAGUUCAAAA